AUGCUCAGCGCGUGGAGAUACGACUCGGACACAAAGGAGGUCGUCGUCCCGCGGUCCUACGACCCCGCCAACGGCCGGUCCAGCAAAAUCCAAGCCUGCAAAAUCUGCCGCGAGAAAAAGACCCGCUGCGACGGCGACGGCUACAAAGCCUGCAAUCGAUGCCGCUGCAAAGGCCUCGCCUGCGAAUACACAAGCUGCGGCAGGUCCAAGAGGGCGCCGCGCCUCUCCAAGUCGAGCUCCUCGAGCCCGGGCUCGUCCUCGUCGUCGAUAUGCAAGCCCCGUCCCCAGCCUGGCCGAAAACACAGCCUUGUCCGCGCGAGCGCCGCCAGCAGCAGCGCCGACGACGAUUCCAGCGACACCCUCUCGGACAAGACUGUAUCGCCGGUGCCGUGGCAAACGGGGCCGCUGGAGGUGUUUGACGCCGCGGCCGCGAGCGCCGCGGCCAACUUCGCCAUUGACCCCCUGCUGCUGCAGCACGUUCACGAGAGUGCCCAGCACUACGCGGGGCUGGAGCAUUAUGCCGGCGACGAGUUCCUGUUCGGCGUGGACGUCGGUAUGCAGUGUGCCGUUACGGGGACUGACAUGUAUCAUGACAUGCAUGGAGACGCAUUUCAUGUACCCUUGGGGAAUGGGGAUGACGAGAGUCUAUGGCAAUGUGGACUGAGAUGGUUGCCGAAUGGACUGGCAUGA